GAUUUGCGAAGUCUAGGCAGGAGUUGCGCAGGCGCAGAACCCCGGCCUAAGACACGCAGCUUGAAGAUUGUUGAAGAUCACUGACUUAUGGUGGCUGCUAUUUUUGCAAUGUACAGCUUUACCAUGGUAACGAAAUGUAAAACAAAGUUGACAAACACUAGUUGUCCCGUAGAACAACGCGAGGUAUCGGAUAGAACAGUUACGAGUUCGUAUCUUUUACAAAUAGACCGAUAAAAGUGAAAAUCGGUGUAGAAACAAAUCGCACGCGAUGCAAAGACCAUCGACAGGUGUAUCUGUAUUGCAAAAUAAGUUUGAUAGAUCUCGUAGGGCAACCAGACAUGAAUUAGGGGACUAUUAUGUUACUUCUGGAAGUACGCGACCGUCUACACCUGGACAAAAUGUCCUGGCAAGACCACCGACUUCUUCUUUUUUAUUCAAUCAAAUGCAAGCUAACAGUUCCCGAGUAGCUACAAGUUCUGGUAGUUCGAUGUAUUCGAACAGUACAGUUCCUAUGCUUGGUCAAACAAAUAUCAAUAUCAUGGAAAGACCGAUAACUCAACAUGGAGUAGCUGGUGUCAGACCGGGCACAGGUAGAGGAUUGUCCAUGAUGAGGCAAAUUCAAGACAAAAGGUAUUACAGUGGUAUUUUGCAACUGAAAAUAAGGGAAUUGAAUCAAGAAAUUAUUACUCUUAUGAAAGAUAUCGAAGAUCAGAAUAAAGAGAGCGCCACUUAUCUGCAUUACGAUAAAAGAGCCAAAGAUUUAGCUACAGAAUUGAUAACUUUGCAGGGACAACUGGCAGACUAUAACAUUGUAGUGGAUAAAAUGACAUCGGACAUUGGGAAAGAUACGGUAGAACAAGAAACGGAUGAACUCGCAGCAAAGAACGAAGAAAAUUUAACAAGAAUUGAAAAUAUGUUCGAGGAAAGAAAGGAGUUAGAACAACAGUUAAUUAAGUUAGAGAAACAAUUGGAAAAUGAAAAGAAACGAAGAGACAGGCUUGUUGAGAGUAUGAGCUCGAACGUGAAAGAAAAAUAUACCGAAUUGCUGGAAGAGAAAGCAAGCUUGCAAGAGAAAAUAAAUAAAAUGCAACAAGAACUGGAUGCAUUAUCUAAAGAACAAGUUUUUCUGGAGGAAGAAAUAGCUUUGUCACCUUUGAAACAAGAAGCUGUAAAGUUGCAGCUUCAAAUUAUAGAGAUAGAAGAGAAAAGAGGAAAAUUAAGGGAAGAAGAGAAACGUAGAAUAUCUCCGGAAGAGGAAAAAGAAAAGUUACUGCAGAAAAUUAAGCAAGACAAUAUGGAUAUCGCGGCUGCCGAAGCCCAGUUAGCCGAAAGAAAGAAAGCGAUUGAAGAAGCGGAACACGAACUUGAACAAUUGGAAGCCGAUAUAGAGGAUAACCAAUCUGAGAAACAUAUAAAAUACAAGGAACUUCGUAAAAAAGAAGAAGCCAUGGAACAAUUUAUGUCUACUUUCGAACAACACAAACAAGACGAAACCAAGAAAUUAUAUAAAUUGGAAGAGAAAGUGGUUGAUUAUUUGAAAAACAUUUCGAGCAUAUUAAACACUGAUAUUGAUAUUGUAGACGGCAAUGAAAUGGCUAUAUUGCACGAUAUAAUCUCCAGCAAUGAUGAUGAAUACAUCGACAAUGAUGAAAGUUAUGAAGGAUUAACAAAAGAAAAUCUAAAGUUGCAGCAAAUUUUGGGUAAAGUAGACUUGUUGGAACAGAGACUUCAAGCAGAGUUUUCAAAUCUCAGUGAAAAAAUAAAUAAGAAGGAAAACAAACUAACGAUUUUGGAAGAUAUAAAUAAUUUAAAAUCAAAAUUAUCGACGAAGCAAGAACAAUUAAUAGAGGAAUGCGAACAACUGAAAAAACAACGAUCGGAAAAUAUACAAGAACGUAAAUCGCUUCAGUCCGAAUACGAUGAGAUUAAACUCCGAUUAGGAAAUAAUGAAAUAUACAUUCAGAUUGACUUAUUAGAAAAUACCAUAGAAAAGUUAAUAGAAGAACAUGAAAGAAUUAAAGACUUCAUUUGCAAGCAAAGAGAACGGUACAAUUAUGGCCCAAUAAAAGAAGAUACUUUUAAUUUAAUGACUAAUUAUAACACUAUGUUGAAAGAGAAUCUAAAACCUAUUUAUUAAUAUAUACACUUUACGUAAUAUUACAUUCUUAUUUGAUAUUAUUUUAUGACGUGAUUUGUAGAAAAUAGGAGUUCAUAUUUUGUCAUAAAUUUGAUAAAAUCUGCUUCAAAUUUUGAACUUGGUUGUACACUUUUUUGUACCAUUUCUUCGUGUAGCUAGACAAGCAAUUAUUCUGAAACGAUAAAUGUUCGAACGAAAAAUAAAGUACAAUACAUACUUUACUAAUUAUAUGUAUAUAAAUAGUAGUAUAAUACCUUCAAUAAAUUUUGCAAUUCUUUUUGAUUACAUUGUGCUAAUGCUAUUGCUAUAUUCACUAUCGCUAUUUCUUUUCCUUGAACAUUAACUAUCAGACGAUAUACAUCGUUCAAUAAAUGAUUGCAUUUUCCAGAUGAA